AUGGAGAAGGAAAAGAAAGGAAAAGACACGCAUCACCGACCGUCUUGGCGGCGGCGAGAUGGUGGCCGGAGUUCAGAGGAGGCCGAAAAUGGGAUGGGUCUACCUUUAUUCUCUUUCCAAAAAGUGGCACACGGCGGUGCGCCUCUCGCCACUCGAAAAGGCGAGCCGAGGCGAUUUGAAGCGAGCGCCUUGCGAACAGGGUCGCCUCAGGCAGUGGCGAGGCGAUAUGGCCCUCGCCUCGGUCGCCUCGCCUCGAGGCGUCGCCAUGGCUAUUCCGUCAAUACCCUCACGCCAGAUAACCUCUCCUUGAUCCCCGAUAUCCCUGCCACAGUGGCGGCCAUCAAGUCCCCGAGCUCCAACAUCACCUACGACGAGAGCAACCACGAGAGGUACCCACCUGGCGACCCUAGCAAACGCGCGUUCGCCUACUUCAUCCUCACCGGCGGCCGAUUCGUGUACGCCUCAUUAGCCCGACUCCUCGUUCUCAAAUUCAUCCUCAGCAUGUCUGCCAGCAAGGACGUCCUUGCCCUCGCCUCUCUCGAGGUGGAUCUGUCGAGCAUCGAGCCAGGGAGCACCGUAACAGUCAAGUGGCGCGGGAAGCCGGUUUUUAUCCGCCGCCGCACGGAGGACGAUAUCCAGCUGGCGAACAGUGUCGACUUGGCUUCACUGCGGGACCCACAGGAGGAUGCUGUUCGGGUCAAGAAUCCCGAGUGGCUUGUGGUGGUUGGGGUUUGCACUCACUUGGGGUGUAUUCCUCUGCCUAAUGCAGGUGAUUUUGGGGGUUGGUUUUGCCCGUGCCAUGGUUCGCACUAUGAUAUCUCGGGAAGGAUUCGAAAGGGGCCGGCACCUUUUAACCUGGAGGUGCCGACUUACAGUUUCUUGGAUGAGAAUAAGCUGUUGAUUGGGUGAGGGAGUUUAAGGGGAGAAGAGAAAAGCCGGAAACUUACUUUGAUAUUGUGGUUGUUUUGUAAUUUGUAAUUUUCUCGUCUGAGUGAGAGUUUCGUGUUUGUUCUGUUUUGCUUCGUUUUGCUGGGUCCAGGAUUCUGGAGGGACCUCACCCCUGCUUUUUUUAAUAAUUCUGGCUGAACUUUUGGUUUGUUUUUAGAGAGGGUUUGAUGAUUUACAACAUUUAUGAAUAAAUUUUAUUGAUACAUGUGGUGGGUGGCAUUUUCUUCAUCCUAUACUUAGGAGUACUGCUUUUAUUAAACGAGCCUUGCAGCUCAGCUCAAGCUCGGCUCAUUAAGGCUGAAGCUAGAGGCUUUAACGAGUGCUUGAUAAGACUGGAAAGGAGAUUUUUUUAUAUAAUUUUUUAUAGUU